UCCCGGACCCGUAGCCUACCUUGGUGAAUCAAGUGGGGGAUUGAGUUUGUGUGGAGAUACGCUGCUGGAAGACUGGGAAACUUCUUUAAUAUCCAUGACAUUUAUCAGGGGCCCUAUAGAGAGGAUUCCAAGAAUCUCACCAUGUUUAAGGCAGUGCUGAAGAAGAACAGAGAUGGAGGAAAGGGGAGCAAGAAAGAUUCAGGCGAUGUCCACAGCCACAGUGCCCAAAGGAGAUUCCCACCUGAGGGAAACCCUCAACAGAUGGGGCCCGGCAGCGGCCAUCCUAACGUACCGGAUGAUGUUUUCAGAUUAAGCCUUACAAAGGGAGUGUCCAUGUCGCUUCCAUCCUCACCUCUCCUGCCAAGACAGUCCUACAUGAUGCCUUUGCGCACUGGCAAGAGAUCCCCAGGUCCAGUCAGGAAGCCUAAAUAUGUUGAGAGUCCUCGCGUUCCCUCCGAUGCCAUCGUGUCAGCGCUGAGGAAGGUGGCUGACAACAAGGAGUCCUCCCACAAUGAGCUGCAAGUGGAGAAACAGCCAAGCUCCUCCUCCCCUGCCACUCAGGAACUGAUGACAAGGCUUGGCUUUUUAUUAGGAGAAGGGAUCCCGGGUACGGCACGCAUACCUAUGGACGACAAGAAUGAAAAGAAGUGCUCUGUGACUAGCCAGGGUAUCAGCCCCUGCUCUACGCUGACCAGCAGCACGGCGUCUCCCUGCACCGACAGCCCAUGUUCCACACUCAACGGCACGACCAGCAGGCCCCCUCUCAGCCGCUCCAGCCCCUGUGGGACCAUCACUAGCCCCAGCUCCACACUUGAGAGCAAAGACAGUGGGAUCAUAGCCACCAUCACUAGUUCUUCGGAGAACGAUGACCGAAGCGGCUCCAGUCUGGAGUGGAGUAAGGAUGGCAGCCUGAGAGGCAGUGGGCGCCAUGGCCUUGCACAGAGUGUGCGGGUUGACACCUGCUCUCCUGUGGCUGAAGAAGACUCCAACAGCGCCACAGCAACACCAGCCAAUACGCCGUCCAGGACAGACCAGCUGCACCAGCAGACCAACAUAUCAGAAGGAGCACCACAGCCCCCAAGUCAUUCACCUGAGGGACUCAUUCCGUACCCACCACAGACUUCUUCUUCCCUCAUGAUGCCGAGGCCAAACUCUGUAGCAGCAACCAGUUCCACUAAGCUGGAAGACCUGAGCUACCUUGAUGAACAACGCAACACCCCCCUGCGGACAUCCAUUCGCCUGCCCUGGCAUAAUACAGGAGGAAGGCCACCUCAGGAUUCUAAAGCUCGCUUCGCUCCAUACAAACCAGUGGACAUCAUGCUCAAGCCUUUGCUGUUCGAGGUGCCCAGCAUCACCACGGACUCUGUGUUCGUGGGACGUGAUUGGCUCUUUCAGCAGCUUGAAGAUGUCCUAAAGGCCAGCAAGUCCACAGAGAACCAAGGCGCUGUAGUGGUGGGCAGCGUGGGCUACGGGAAGACGGCCAUUAUCUCCCGGCUAGUAGCACUGAGCUGCCACGGAGGCCGCAUGCGUCAGAUCGCCUCCAACAGUCCGAGUGCCUCCCCUAAAAAUGGCGCAGGAGCAAACACAGAACUUCCUCUCAGCCAGCCACCACAGCCCACUCCACCUUCCAGUGCUACCAACACACUGAAGACCAACAGCUGCCCAGGGACGCCUGAGAUACAGCGACAUAGGGAGGAGGCCGUCAGACGCCUUGCUGCAAAGGUGGCUGCAUACCAUUACUGCCAGGCAGAUAACACGUACACUUGCCUGGUACCAGAGUUUGUACAUAGCAUUGCUGCCCUGCUGUGCAGAGCACACCAACUCAGUGCGUACCGGGAGCUGCUGUUGAAAGAGCCAAACCUACAGAGCAUGCUCAGUCUGCGCUCCUGUGUGCAGGACCCCAUGGCUGCUUUUCGGAGGGGGGUCCUUGAGCCACUGGUCAACCUGCGUAAAGAGAGGAAGAUUCCUGAGGAGGACCACAUCAUCUUGAUAGACGGGCUGAACGAAGCUGAGUUCCAUAAACCUGACUACGGAGACACCAUUGCCUCCUUCAUCACAAAGAUCAUUACCAAGUUCCCACCCUGGCUUAAACUAGUGGUCACUGUCCGGGUCAAUUUACUGGAGAUCACCAGCCUUUUGCCCUUCUCCAAGAUCUCCCUUGAUGACUUUACAGACAACAAAGAGAUAAGCAACGACCUCAACGCUUACAUCCAGUACCGUAUCAAUGGCAGCAAGGAUAUCAUGAACAACAUAAGCCUGAAUGGCAAGGCUGACCCUAUCACAGUAGGCAAGCUCAGCAGCCACCUGAUCUCACGCAGCCAAGGCUCCUACCUGUACCUGAAACUGACCCUGGAUCUGUUUGAGAGAGGACACCUGGUGAUUAAAAGUGCCAGCUACAAAGUGGUCCCCGUCUCUCUGGCUGAGCUCUACCAGCUACAGUGCAAUAUGAAGUUCAUGACCAAUUCAGCCUUCGAGCGCUCACUGCCAAUCCUCAAUGUGGCGCUCGCCUCACUGCACCCCAUGACUGACGAACAGCUGUUCCACGCCAUCAACGCCGGCUUCAUGCAAGGGGAACUGCCAUGGGAGGACUUCACACAACGCAUGGACUUGCUCUCAUGCUUCCUCAUCAAACGCAGGGACAAGACGCGCAUGUUCUGUCACCCCUCCUUCAGGGAGUGGUUGGUGUGGCGAGCUGACGGAGAGAGUACAGACUUCCUCUGUGACCCCAGGACGGGCCAUGCUCUUAUGGCCUUCAUGCUCUCCCGCCAAGAGGGGAAACUCAAUCGUCAGCAGACCAUGGAACUGGGACAUCACAUCCUCAAAGCCCACAUCUUCAAGGGCCUGAGUAAGAAAACAGGUGUGUCAUCCAGUGUGCUGCAGGCUCUGUGGAUAAGCUGCAGCGCCGACGGCCUUUCUGCAGCCCUGGCCUCCCUGAGGAAUCUUUACACACCAAACGUCAAGGUGAGCCGGCUGCUGAUGCUGGGUGGGGCAAACGUCAAUUACCGCACCGAGGUGUUAAACAACGCUCCAGUACUCUGUGUCCAGUGUCACCUUGGCCACCUGGAAAUCGCCUCUCUGCUGCUCGAGUAUGGGGCUAGCGUUGACGUGGUGUCUGAAAAUGGCAUGAGCCCACUUUGCUUUUCAGCUGCCGCGGGACAUUUGAGUCUGGUCAUGCUGCUCUGCAAGAGAGGUGCUAUGGUUGAUCAUGUAGAUAAGAGUGGUCAGUGUGCACUCGUCCAUGCUGCGCUCAGAGGACACCCAGAGAUUAUCCAGUACCUACUGGACCUAGAGUGGAGUGCUGAGGGGCAGCAGCAGGACUGCACUCUGAAGAACAAAGCUCUGCAGCAGGCUUUAAUAGCAGCCUCCAGCAUGGGACACACACAGGUUGUGAGAGGCUUGCUGGCAUUGAAUAAUGAGCAUGCUGUGCAAAUUGAUAGCCAUGACACUCUGUGGGGAGAGACAGCUUUGACGGCAGCAGCAGGUCGAGGGAAGUUGGAAGUUUGCAGCUUCCUGUUGGAGCAGGGGGCGGUGGUGCAGCAGGUCAACAGGCGAGGGGUGUCUCCUCUUUUCUGUGCCGUCAGACAGGGACACUGGCAGAUUGCAGAACUGCUGUUGCAGCACGGUGCUGACAUCAACAUCAGCGACAAGCAGGGCAGGACCCUUCUGAUGGUGGCUGCCUGUGAGGGUCACUUGAGCACUGUAGAGUUUCUGCUUUCUAAAAGUGCAUCUUUGAUUUCGAUGGACAAAGAGGGGCUCACACCCCUGAGCUGGGCAUGUUUAAAAGGACAUAAGAACGUUGUGCAGUUUUUGGUGGAGAAAGGUGCAGUCAUAGACCACACGGACAAAAACGGACGGACUCCGCUGGACCUCGCUGCUUUCUAUGGAGACGCAGAGAUUGUCCAGUAUUUGGUGGAGAGAGGAGCAGUGAUAGAGCAUGUGGACUUCAGUGGGAUGAGGCCUCUGGACCGGGCCAUAGGCUGUCGAAACACAUCGGUGGUGGUGACUCUGCUGAAGAAAGGGGCCAAGCUGGGAAAUGCUGCUUGGGCCAUGGCUACGUCAAAGCCUGAUAUACUCAUCAUCCUCCUGCAGAAGCUGAUGGAGGAGGGGAAUCUACUUUACAAGAAAGGGAAGAUGAAAGAGGCGGCCCAGAGGUAUCAGUACGCCCUGAGGAAGUUUCCUAGAGAAGGCUUUGGAGAUGACCUGAAGGCAUUUAAAGACCUCAGGGUCUCUCUGUAUCUCAAUCUCUCCCGCUGUCGCAGAAAAACCAACGAUUUUGGGAUGGCUGAAGAGUUUGCUACAAAAGCACUGGAGCUGAAACCCAAAUCCUAUGAGGCUUACUAUGCCCGUGCAAGAGCUAAAAGAAGCAGCAGGCAGUUUACAGCAGCCCUGGCAGACCUGCACGAAGCGGCCAAGCUGUGCCCCAACAACCGAGAGAUCCGUCGUCUGCUGGCUCGAGUAGAGGACGAGUGUAAACAGAUGCAGCGUGUUCAGACUAAAGGAGGCCUCGCUGGAGCUGCAGCUGCUUUGAGUCAGGCAUCAGGAGGCCACGAGUCUGAUCAGGAGCCAGACGAAGGACAGGGAGACCUGUCAGAGCACAGCCUCGGCAGGAGCGUGGACGGACAAAGAGACAUCCUGGAGGAGGAGGAAGAGGAGGAGGAGGAGGAGGCGUCGCUGCAAGACAGGCCAACUGAAGCGUGCUGGACUCAGAACAGUUAUUCCUACAACAGAGUCGUACCCUCUGAGCCUGGUACCAACAACUUGUUACACCAGAGCCUGAGCCCCAGCUCACCCCCAGGCCCCGGCAGGCUCCCCCUCCACCGGUACCCUCGAGAGCACCGGGAGGCGGUGGCCCAACAGGGUUUGGUGCUGCAGCCCACAAAGCAGGCCCAAAUCGUCAAGACCAACCAGCAUUUGAGCUCCAUGCAGGCUGUGGGAGGGGCCGUCGGGGGCCGCACCACAGGGGCCAAAUCUCAAUAUGCUCCUUCCAGUCCCUUACCCAGCCGACAUAUGUCCAGUAUGUUGAAGCCGGGCCCCGGCAUUGACAUUAGCCCUCUGCCGCCCCCCACUGACGAGCCAGUGUACGGAAACCGCCUGUCUCUAGCAUCUGCAUCCGUCUCUAUGGGUCACAGCUGUGAAAACGAGAGUCUACACUCCUCCCAAGCCUCUUACUCAUCCUGCAGCAGCUCCAAGGGUCCGGGACAAGACCGGCUGUCUGCACACUCUGUAUCCUCCCUGGACGGAUUGGCCUGUUCCGGUCCUGCACCUCAGGGGAACCACACAGACCCAGAAAAGGAACUGAUGUGUGCGGCAGCAGGAUUGCAGGCGGGCGGCGGCAGCAGCAGCAGCAUGCGAGUGUCCAGCUCCACCAGUAGCCUGGCGUCCAGCAGCAGCCUAUCAGACAGUGGCAAGCUGGGACCUGAUGUCCGCACCAAGAUAUCUGACAAAUCCAAGCACAGCCAACAGGCCAGCGCUGCAUCAGAGUACAAACCCAGACCCUUCAUGGGCAUCACUGACAAGACGGCACGCUUUCAGCAGCAGCUCCAACAGCAGCAUCAAGGCCUGCAGUGUCACCCGAGCCGCAGCUGGAUGAACCACUCGUCUGACGGCCUCAUGUGUCACAACAUGUCAGUUAUGGGCCUUCAGCCCAUCGACUGUGAGCUGCCUUAUACCAAAACUGUGAGCACUUACCAUGAGCAGCACAAACCUCCACCACCUCAGGGUGCUAUGGCUAUGAGUAGCUUACAAAAUGGCAUGCAUGCCAAGGAAUUCACAGAGAAGUUCUGCCAAGCCGCCAACUGUUACAUAGAGUCCAAGCCAGCGCUGGCUCUUCCGCACACUUUCAUGGACAGUAAGCCCAAGCAGCCUGGCCUCGCCCGAGAUAAUCCUGCCAUCCACGUAGCGUCAAUGAAACCAAAGCGAUCAUUUAUAGAGUCGAAUGUGUAGAGAUGUUUGCUUUAUCUCUCAUACAGUCCACAACGCACAAAACAACCGCAAAAAUCUUAAGUGAGGAAAAAUUUGUUUUAACUUUUUAAUCAACUUCAAACCCUAUACAGUCUCACUUCAAAGCCUUGUAACAAGUACAGAAUCAAGUGCUUUGUUUUUCCUGUGUGAAUACAGACAGGAAGUGUACAGAACGCUCCAGCUUUUCUCCUCUCAACCUGUCACUUGUGGCUGUCAGCUUCUGUUACUAGACAACAUGUCCGCCAUUGUUCAGCCAAGCUGGAGACAUUGCACUGAAGGAAGUAUUUGGACAUUCAAUGUACAGUCCUCAUCAACGCAGCGGUGACAGUAAGCACUUUAUACACAUUUAAGCCGCUCAAGUGCUUAAACAACAUAUUCAGUUACAGCAUUAUGUCAUCACGGAACAGUUUAAGUUAUACUGGGUUUGAACUAUGUUCACUACGUCCAUGGUGCUGAGAGAGGAAAAAAACAAGACGAGUCCUCAGUGAAGGUGUAAGAAAGUUUAAAGGACGGGCAUUCCUGUGUUUAAGGAAGGAUGUUGAAGAUCCUCACGUUGUGAAUAUUAUAUAAAUAUGUACUCUCCUUCUUUUCACUGAAGGUCUAUGUUUAAUGUAAUGACAAGUUCAGACUUGUGUAUUUUGAGUUUUAUGCACAAUGUUGUUCAGAAGAUGUUAAAGGUUCUAAAAAAGCAUUUUGUUCAAUGUGUUUGUACAUUAUAUAAAUCACCAUUAACAUGGAAUUGAAUCCC